AUGGUGAAGCAGUACCAGACCUUGGCGGCCCUGGAUGAGGCCAUCGCUGCGGCUGGGUCCAAGCUGGUGGUGAUCGACUUCUUCGCUCCCUGGUGCGGCCCUUGCCGGGCCAUUGCCCCCAAGGUGGAGCAGUGGGCCACCCAGUUUGCCGACGAUGUCGUCUUCGUCAAGGGAUUCGGCGCCGCCGCCAGCUCUGGAGUCGCCGUUGGCGAUGCAGGCGGCCAUAAAAAUGCGGCAUGGGCGUUGGUGGCGGCCGUUGCUGCAGCAGUUGAUGUGGACGAGAACACCGAAGCCGGCGCCAAGUACGACAUCCAGGCCAUGCCCACAUUCGUGCUGAUCAAGGACGGCGCGGUGGUGGCCACGGUGAUUGGGGCCGACCCCGCCAAGCUGCUGGCCAAGAUCAACGAGAAGAAGUGA